AUGACAACGACCACAACCACCACCACCGUAACCGCAAAGCGCUCUAUCUCCUGCCCUACUGACCCUCUGCGGCUGUCCUCUCGCACCUCGCAGCUCACAGAGAUGGCCACGAACAGUCAAGAGCACGUUGACGCUUAUGAGGCAUUGGAUCUUACAGAAUUUGGCAAAAACCAGCCGUGGUGGCGCAAACUUUUUGGGCAGGAGACACGGUCUGCGGGAGAGAAGUACAGUGUGGCAACCCAGCUCCUGGUUGGCGGCAUCACGGGCUGGUGCACUGGCUUCAUAUUCCAGAAAGUUGGAAAGCUAGCUGCCACAGCGGUGGGAGGGGGCUUUUUUCUACUUCAGCUCGCAAACCAUACUGGCUACAUCAAAGUUGACUGGAAUCGCGUAGAGAAGGACAUGAAAAAGGCCAAGGAACAACUGAAGAUUCGGAAGAGCGCCCAAAUACCAACUGAGGUCAAGAGCAAAGCUGAGGAGUUGGUUUCGUUCGUAAAGCAGAAUGUAUUAGUAACUGGAGGAUUUUUUGGAGGCUUUGUGCUCGGUAUGGCAUCCUAA